AUGGGAGCUACAAUGGGAAAGGGUGACUCACCCAAAAAGGGAUGGAUGCCAGAAACCAAGAUGGAGGCUAAAAUGGUUGAAGCAAUGCAGCGGAGGGAAUCACAUGGAAGUUCUGUGAAAUCAUUCAACACUAUAAUUUUGAAAUUCCCAAAGAUUGACGAGAGCCUUAGAAAAUGCAAAGCCAUAUUCGAGCAGUUUGAUGAGGAUUCUAAUGACACAAUAGAUCCAGAGGAGUUGAAAAAGUGUUUCAGCAAGCUGGAAAUUUCUUUUACCGAGGAGGAGAUAGAUGAUCUUUUCGAAGCAUGUGAUAUUAAUGAUGAUAUGGGAAUGAAGUUCAAUGAGUUUAUUGUACUUCUUUGCCUUGUCUACCUUCUCAAAGAUGACCCCGCAGCUCUUCAUGCUAAAUCACGAAUCGGAAUGCCAAAUCUGGAGGCAACAUUCGAGACUUUGGUUGAUACAUUUGUAUUCUUAGACAAGAACAAGGAUGGCUAUGUCAGCAAAAAUGAGAUGGUCCAAGCUAUAAACGAAACCACAACCGGGGAGCGUUCUUCCGGAAGAAUAGCCAUGAAAAGAUUUGAAGAAAUGGAUUGGGAUAAAAAUGGAAUGGUAAACUUCAAGGAGUUUCUUUUUGCUUUUACACGUUGGGUUGGAAUCGAUGAGGUUGAGGACGAGGAAAACGCAGAGGCCUAA